AUGAGAAUAUUGUUAAUACCACUUGUUUAUCUUCUGGUUGUUUCAUAUACUGACACUCAUCCUACGGAUGGUCUUGCUCUUACUUUUUCUGAGCAAUUUAAUCCUCCGGCAUUGAACACUAGCGUUUGGAAUUAUGGAUAUCCAUGGGGUUCUUACCAUAAUCAUCGGGCUAACACCGUUCCACGUCAAGCCAAAAUCACACCUGAAGGGUACCUUAAUAUCUCGGCUAUACGUGAACGAACAAUCACUCUUGGUAUCCUCACCGAUUUCGGUCCAAUCGAUCUAGACUUCACUUCCGGCGCUGUAAAUACAAACGGUAAAUUUUGUAUCAAAAAUGGAUACGUUGAAGUAAACUUGCGAGCAUCCGAUGUUCAAAGUACGUGGCCAUCGGUGUAUCUCAUCGGUGAGGAUCAGACUACCGUACCAAUGAUCACGAUAAUGGAAGUCUUCAAUUCGCGUUCACGUUUCACAUACGGAUUCAGAUAUGCAAAUGAUCAAGCUACAGCUGAAGACGAAAGCUAUACAGCCGAUAAUCGAGAAACAAGUAGUGGUUUCCAUCGCUUUGGAGUAGAUUGGGGCUAUGAUCAGAUAACAUGGUAUUAUGAUGAUCAAUGGGUCAAGACAAUUGUCAAAUCAAAUGAACUAAAACAAGUCGACAAUAUGUGUUUAGUUAUUAGCUUUGGUGUAGGUGGAAAAUCGAAAGAUACUCCUAUUGAUCCUCGAGCUUAUCCAACAUUAAUGAGUGUUGAUUGGAUUGAAAUGUGGCAACCUAAAUACGAUGGAUUUUACAAAUUCGAAAAUACUCAUACAGGAUUCGUGAUGGAGAUUGAGAGUGCAUUGACAACUGAGAGAGCUAGAGUUUUGCAAUGGCAUGACAAUGGUGGCGAUUGGCAAAAAUGGCACGUUCAAUAUGCUGGUCAUGGUCAGUAUCGUAUAUUCGCGGCUCACAGUCGUCAAGCCUUAGAUGCAUACGGUUGGCAGACAAAUAAUGGAGCGCCAUUGAUUCAAGCAGUUUAUCAUGCUGGUGACAAUCAAUUGUGGAAAAUAAAUGAAGUAGAUGGAUCACCUGGAGUAGUUCAACUCAUUAGUGUUCACUCAUUAAAUCAACCAGGUCCAGGAAAACUAGUAUCAGUUCCAGCAAGUUCAACUGACGCAGGAAUACAAUUACAUUUGUGGGAAGAAGUAAAUAAUGCUGAUCAGAAAUGGAAAAUGAUUCGACUUUGA